AUGUUAGGAAUAGUUGUUCUUGUCUCGUUAUUAGCAAUGGUUGAUUGUCUCAAAAUUGGAAAAAUGGAAAAUUACAUAUUCAUAGGUGAUAUCAAUGAAACAUUGAUUAAUGUAACGAUAGAUCAAUGUACAUGUCAAAUGUUACAAUUAAAUAAAAUAAUUUGUGCUCUGAAUUAUUUCUCAUCGUCUCAAAGUUGUCAAAUCUUCUAUUCGGAUACUGAUACAAUUCAAGUCGAAUUUCAGUUCAAUUCAACACUAUUAUUUGUCAAUCAAUCAUUCAUAUCAGUCAUUGAUAACCAAAUAACUGGAUCAACUACGAGUACAUCAUCUUCAUCAUCAUCCACCUCUACAUCGUCAUCAUCAUCGACAACAUCAACAUCAACAUCUGAAGUAUGGAGAGCAACCGCAACUCUAAACACUGCACGAAAUCGACACACUGCCACACUUUUAGCCAAUGGAGCAGUUUUAAUUGCAGGUGGAUCCGAUGGUAGCGUACCUCUUAAUGAUGCUGAAUUAUAUGACUCUUCGACAGACAGUUGGACGAUAACCGGAAAAAUGAAUUCUGCUCGAUUUGGUCACACUGCAACGCUUCUAACCAAUGGGCAAGUAUUAGUGACUGGUGGAUAUAAUAGUGCAGGUAUAAUGUACAGUGCUGAACUAUAUGAUCCAUCAACAGGUAUCUGGAAAACAACAGCAAAUAUGGGCACUGCCCGAGGCUAUCAUACAGCAUCGCUUUUACCCAAUGGGAAAGUAUUUGUUGCAGGCGGAUACGAUUUUCUUGGUUUUCUCAGCAGUGCUGAACUAUACGACUCAUCGACGGGCGCUUGGAAGGUAGCUGCAAGCAUGAAUACAAAUCGAUUCAAUCAUACAGCAACGGUUUUACCAAGUGGCACAGUCUUAAUUGUGGGUGGAUAUGGUGAUAAGAUUCUCAAUAGUGCUGACUUGUAUAACCCAUCAAAAGACACUUGGACAACAAAAGCAAAUAUGAAUACAGCACGCAGCAAUCACACUGCAACACUCUUAUCAAAUGGAAACGUGUUAGUUGUGGGUGGAAAGAAUAGUAGCACUUUUCUUAACACUGCUGAAUUAUAUAACCCAUCAACAGACACUUGGGUGAUAAUAUCAAAUAUGAGCACAGCACGAUCAAGACAUUCUGCAUCAUUCUUACUAGAUGGAACCGUUUUGGUCGCUGGUGGACAGAACAAUGGAAGUUCUUGUGUUAACAGUGCUGAAUUAUAUAAUCCAACAACAGACAUUUGGACAAUGAUACCACGCAUGAAUGCUGCUCGAGCACAUCAUACUGCAUCAGUUUUAUUAGAUGGAACAGUUUUAGUGGCAGGCGGAUCGAAUAGUGGUACGAUUAAUGCUCUCAAGACCGCCGAGUUUUAUUAG